GGGGCGGGGCCAGGCUCUCACUCCUUCCAGUGGCUGUCGGGCUGCGAUCUCGGGGCGGACGGGCGCCUCCUCCGAGGCUACGAGCAGUUUGCCUAUGAUGGCGCGGAUUACAUCGCGCUGAACGAGGACCUGAGCUCCUGGACCGCGGCCAGCACGGGGGCUCAGGUCACCCGGAGCCGGUGGGAGGCCUCGGGCGAUGCGAAGCACUACAGGGCCUACCUGGAGGGAGAGUGCGUGGAGUGGCUGCGCAGGUACCUGGAGGAAGGAAAGGAGACGCUGAAUCGCACAGGUACGGGGGCCGCGGGGAGCCCGAGGGUUUGCGGAGGAAAAGGGCAUCUCCCCAGCACUGUC